UUCUUUUGCGUAGUACCUCUGUACUCGGCGAGCCAAGACUACAUACAUAUUAAAGAUUGCAGAAAAUUGUUCAGUGUCAAAUCUUGAAGUGACAGAAAUUAACAAUAAAAAAAAUGAGUUUCAAAGGAAAAGUUGCAAUAGUGACGGGCUCGAGUUCAGGAAUCGGCGCCGCGGUGGCGAUGUCUCUGAGUGCGGAAGGCGCUUCGGUGGUCAUCGUUGGACGGAACGAAGCGAAGUUGGCGGCUACAAAAGCGAAGUGCGCCAACGCGUUGGUCGUGCGCGCCGACAUUACAAUCGACGCCGACGCCCGCCGAAUCGUCCAACAGACAAUAGAAAAGUUCGGCAAGAUAGACAUAUUGGUGAACAACGCGGGAAAUUCGAUACUUGCGAGCAUUUUCGAUGAAAAUAUAAUGGAGUCGUACGAUUUUACUAUGAACAUAAAUCUACGCGCGGUUUUCCGUAUGACCAGUUUGGUAGUGCCGCAUAUAAUCAAAACUAAGGGGAACAUUGUUAUGAUUUCGAGUGUUACUGGUCGCAGUACGAGUUUUGGUGCUCAAGCUAUAUCGUAUGCGGUAUCCAAAGCUGGGUUGAAUCAUUUUGGAGCGUACUUGGCAGCGGAUUUGGCACCUCACGGUGUUAGGGUAAACGUAAUAAGUCCAGGUCCUGUGUACACGGAUUUGAUUGAGAAUUCCGGUUACGAUGGAUCCUAUGACGUGCUGAAAUUUCACACCGCUCUCGACAGCGUGUCGCAUCCACAGGAGAUAGCGGAUUUGGUGCUCAUGGUAGCGAAUGACAAAGCGAAAUCUAUUACUGGCUCCAACUUGUUUUGCGACAACGGCUGGAUGAUAAAACGCUACUAAGCAUUCCUUAAGAUACUUCGUUUUUCAAAGCUUAACUUUUAGGGACUCUAAUUCAAAGUUUUUUAUAUUUUUUUCAAAUGCACGAAAAACACCAUUACUCAUAAAAUAAAUUAAUAUUUUUGUGUUUCUGUUAAUUAUAAAUCAUUUAUUGUCAAAAUUAUUAAAACGAAAGAUUAAAUGUUAAUUUAUUGUAUUUUAUCUCACAAAGUUAAUUUUAUUCAUAAAAUGUUGAACACUUUUCUGACAUAAAAACUCUUUGCUAUGAUUUUAAAAAGUACCGUUCGUUAUUAGACGGAUGAUGAAGGUUUUAUAUUAGGUACAUUACGGCAUAUGUGCAUUUUACAUUACAUUACGGCACAUGUGCGUCAUAGUUUUGUUAUUACAAAAAUUGAUUAAAAUAUAAUAAAAAACACAAAAAAAAAA